AUGCGUCUCUCAACAGCAGCCGCUCUGCUGGCCUCCACAGCUGUGCAGGCGUUUUCCGACUCAUCGCCCUUCGUCCUGCUAUCCACGGCCCAGAUCUCCGAUAUCUCUAAGACUGAACAGCUACAAACAAGUGGCCAAGUACUAGACUCAGCAAAGAAGAUCCUGAGCUCCUGCUCAACCAGCCGCUAUGUCGUCGUGUCGCAACCAAACCUGCACGCAUCCGACCUGAGAGACAGGACAGGCUGCCUCGCCCCGAACCUAUGCAGGGCUCGUGACAACAAGAAGAUCCAGGGACAGUUCAGCGUAGCAGAGGUCAUUGGGCAACUGGCGACGGAAGAUAUCUCAAACUAUAUCAAGUCGGCUUGCGAGGAGAAAGGAAAGGAUGUCAGAGUGGAGGAGCAUCAGCUCAGCCCUCUUCCCGGAGGCGCCAGCUCAUCGAAACGUUCAGCAGUGAUGGGCGAUAACGACCACGAGUUGGGCCAGAUAGUUGAGACAGUCGAGGCGUCCGAUGAUUACACCAUUAUAUACCUAUCCAGUCCGCACGAGGGCAAGCCGUACGAAUCCGAGUUCAUCGAGCCGGUGCAUAUGGAGCUGAAGCACCGUCGGUCUGCUCCUAUUACCAUCGGUAGGAGGGCAGACAAGGCGGACAACAGACCUUUGUUUGAAAAGUACCAGUUCUUCACACCAGGCAUUUUCAUGGGUCUUCUGGGCGCAUUCGUCCUCCUCUCCAUUCUGUACGUCGGUAUCUCAGCGCUGUCUAGCCUUUCGGUGUCAUAUGGUGCCUUCGACAAGGAGAUGGGACCUGCUGCGCAGAAGAAGCAGAUGUAG